CGUCAAAUUUAAAUGAACGCAAUGAAACAUGUCGGAAGGCACGGUUGAAGGCGAUUUUUAAAAAGUCUGUUUGAUCAAUAAGGAAAAUAUAGAAAAUUUACAAUGUUGCUGACAAGGAACGUAACCAAGUAUGGUUGCUGCAGAAUUACUUCCUGUGACACUGUAACAAAUAUUAUUAACAAGUCUUUAACUAAAGGAAUAAGGGUGCAACAUAAACGAAACAUUGUAGGUUAUCCUGUGUUACAACCUGAAGAAUAUUGGGGUAAUAAAAGUGGUUUGAAAGCAACAAAUCAUAAAUUAAUUGCACAUUUUUCAUCUACUGCACAUAGUGGCCAGGGAUAUUCAACUGACACAGAACUCACACCUGUACUAUUUGAAAAAGUGACAAAUGAAACUCUGGACUCAUUAACAGAAUACUUCGAUGAAUUAAUUGAAAAUUCAGCACAUUUAACAGAAGCAGAUGUAUCGUACGGGGAUGGUGUAUUGACUGUUAAAUUUGGUAAAACCUAUGGUACCUAUGUAAUAAAUCGACAAACCCCAAAUAAACAAAUUUGGCUCUCAUCUCCAAAGUCUGGUCCAAAGAGAUAUGAUUUUGUGAAUGGGAAAUGGAUCUACAAACAUGAUGGAAUGACCUUACAUGACUUACUUAAUGAUGAAAUUCCAGCAAUCGUAAUGAAUCCAACAUGUUUCGAAAAAUGUUCCUUUAGUGGUAGAGAAAAAGACGCUGUAAUGGCCGAUUUACCUGAAAACCACUGAGUCUUGCGUAUACAUCUGUCCCACGUUGAUCAUUAAAAUUUCAAUUAUUGUAUAUAAAUUAUAAUAUAGUAUUUUGUGAAAGAAA